AUGUCAUUUAUAACAAAAAGGGAACGAGUGUUUAACGAGUACGAUCUUUUCGAUUUACCGGCUCGGAAUGAAGGUAAGUUGAAAGCCUACUCAUCAUGCACAGACGCCAGGGCAUGGUCGCACUUUUGUUCAGACAAAACAGAACACUUGGUCGAGAUCAUAAAGAGGAACAACGAAACAGUCCGACCUAAGUAUGUACCAACCGAUGUCAUCGUAAAUACUUUAAUGACAUCAAAAAAUGCGGAGAUCGCCCGAUUGAAACGAAAGAUUGAAGAGUUUGAGCAAUUGUUGGCCGCUUACGACGAACUUGAUCUUACGUGUGAUCAAAAAUGUGAAAUUGCUAAUGCCCAUGCAGCUAUUAAAGCAGCGAACAAGGAACUCGACGAUAUGUUUUUGGAUUUGAAUAUUUCUGGUUUCACGGAGGGUAUAGAUUCAGAAGCAUUUGAGACUGGCAAGUCAAGAGGUGACGAGCCAAGUAGAUAUAUCGAUGAGACUGGAAAAUCACGUGGUGAUGAGUGGACUAUGGGAAAAGCUUCUACACCAAGAACGCAAACAAAAAGCAAUCAAAUUGGAACAUCAUGCAAAUGUGAUGCAAGUACAUCGGCACAUGAUGAAAGAAUAGAUGAACUCAAAGAAACUAUCAUCAGUAAGGACGCUAAAUUGAGCGCAAUGCAAAAUACGAUUGCGGUAAUGGAAAAUGAUGUUUGCGAACCCUAUUGUAUAUAUGCGCAUAUUUAUACAGCUCUAGAAAAAAUAUUCGGAACGCUAUGCCAGAAUGAAAAAUAUAAACAAUAUUUGGAUUUAUUAACUGCUGGAAAGGAUACUAGGGGUAUAGAUUUAAAAGGAAAAAUUAUUUUCAAAAUGAAAAUUUUAGAAAAAUUUAGCCUUGCUUUGAUCGCACCCUGUUCCCAGACUUUAGAGCAACAAGAUUGUUCUUGUUACCGCGCUGAAGUUGUUACACGUGUAGAAACAACUUUUGCGUUAACAUCUGCAGAGAGCAAAGUACCCAACUUCGACGUAGAUAAUAAGAGAGCACAACUUGUCGCAGAUAUUAUGCAAAACGAUGACAUGAAACAAAUACUAAGUAAAGAAAGCCUUUGUACAGAAUUUCAUGACGAUCAAAUAGAUGAUUAUUAUGAAAGCGAAAAUUACGAUACUGAAGCUCAAAACUUAAAACGAUUAAAAAACUUACAAGCAAAUUAUGGCGAAUUAAUAAAUUGUUACGAUAAUUUAAAACAUGAAAGAGAUAGUCUAAAAAUACGUUGUCAAAAAUAUCUCGAAUUAGAAAACGAAUGUGAGUGUUUACAAAACAAGUUAAGAGAAUAUAAUCAGUUAUGGAAAGAAAAAGAGUUUUAUCGUAAACGAUCUGAGGAUCUUAACGCAUUAAAAGAAAGUUACUAUGUUUUGUCCGAAGAGACGGCGAGUAUUGAGACCAAAUUAAAAGCCGAACAGGAAAUAAAUAAAGUUAAAUCUGGUACUAUAGACGAAUUAAAAAAUGAAAAUAUCAAACUAGAAAACAAAAUAAGUGAGAUAUCUUUAUCUUUCGAAAAACAAAGAAAUAUUUUAAUUUGUAAAUUAAAGGAAUGCGAGUGUAAAAUAAUGUGUCAAGAACAACAAAUAAAAAGUCUUACAAAUCAAGUUGAAAAUAUUUUAAAAGCAGACAACGAAAAAAAUUUGGUUUUACAUUACUAGAUUCUUCAAAAUGAAGACGACGACCGGUCGGUUGAGCUAUUAGAUGAGAUAAAUACACAAAAAGAACAAAUUAAAAACUUAAAAGAUGCGUUGUGCUGUAACGAAGAAGAAAAACAGUAUUUUCAAGAAGAAUUAGAAAAAAAACAUGAAAUCAUUAAUGACUUGAAGAUAGAAAUUGAGGAUUGGAAAAGAAAAUAUGAAGAGACAAAUGAUUGUUUAGGGUCUUAUUUAGAAAAAUGUCAAAUAGAAAUAAAUGAGCUGCAAGUUACUAGUAAUUCUGCUAUUGAAAAUUUAAACCAUAUUAUCGAAAGUAAAUCACAAGAAAUCAGUUACUUGAUUGAUGAAGUUGAUCGUAAAAAUUCUGAAAAUAAAAAUUUAGUUGAACAAAUGAAUAGCCUACAAGAUGACUUUAAAACAAAGGUGACAGCACUUGAAAGUGAAAAGCAAAUUGCACUAAGCUCCAUUCAUACGGCAAAAAAAGAAAGUCUAGAAAUACUUGAAAAUGUUAAUAAUUAUAAUACUAAUGAUGUUAACUUAUUAAAUGAAAUUGAGUUACUUCAAGAAAUAAACCUUGAGAGUGUACAACUUUUACAAAACGAAAAUAUACAACUAAAAAAAUCAUUUGAAUCGGCUAAUAGAGAAGUUGAAAGACUAAAACGAGAACUUACGAUGCAAGAAGAUGUAAGCGAGAAAUUUAACAAACUAGAAGACAGCCAUGCAAGUCUUCUAAGUGAAAACAAAAGACUACUUAUUGAUUUAAAUAACAAAACAUCUGAACUCGAUAACAUAAAACAUGCAUUUCAGUUAUCAAAAAAAGAAAGCGAGACAUUGAUAGACGAAUUGCAUAAAACUGAAUGUAUUCAAGAAGAGUACAUAAAGCUAAAUGAAAGCUAUCAGAAAGUUAUCUCUGAUAGAAAUGUGAUAGAAAACAAAUUAUUGCAAGCUGAAAGAGAGUUAAAAGAGCUACAACAAUGUCAAAACGCUCUAAGAGAAAAUAAUGAAGUUUUACUCUUAAAGGUAAAAGAACAACAAAAUUUAGAACAAAAAAUUUCUGCUGUAAAAGAAAGCUAUGAUAAAUUAAAAGCAGAAGACGGUAUUUUACAAAACGAUUACAAUAAUAAAGUUAAUGAAAUAAAUGACUUACGCAAGUGCCUAACAAAAAAUAAUUUUAAUAACUUGAAAUAUGAGCUUGAUAAACUUAAACUAGAAAAGGAAAUCUUGCAAAAAGAUUUACGAAUACAAGUGGAACGUAUAACAAAGUUACAACAAGAAAAUUGCAAUCUAAAUGAUGAAAGUAAAACUUUAUUGAAACAUAGUGAAGAUUUGGAAAAGGCAUUAUUGCAUACUCGAGAUGAGAGUUUAUCACAAACCAAUUCUAUUCACGUGUGUUACAAUGAUAUGAAAAAGGAAAUCGAUGUUUUACGACAAGAAAAAAUGUCAUAUCAUAAAAAGAUAGGAGACUUGCUCGAUAAAUUAGAAGAAUCGGAAUUUCGUAGAAUCGAACUUGAUGAAAUGAUUGUAAGUAAAGACAAAAAAAUAUUUACUUUAGAAAAUCAUAUAAAUGAAUUAGAAGACGAGAUAAGGAAACUUCAGUACAGCUUAAAUGAAGUUAUUGAAACUGGAGAACAGAUAAAGCAACUGAGUUAUGAAAGAAUUGAACAAUUUAAAACGAUUGAAGCACACCACUCUAAAGCAAUACAUAACAUGAAAAUCGAGCAAGUCAAACAACAAAACAAAAAUGAAGACUUAGAAAAACAACUAUCUUCUACUAAAUUAAUAACAGAAGAGACUAACCAAAAUAAAGAUGACUUAUUUAUACAAAUAAAAAAGCUACUUAAAGAACGAUUAGAAAUUGUUUCCCAAAUAAAACAAUUAGAGUUAAAUAGUGUUGGAGAGAGUAACUUAUUUCCAGAAAACUGCACAGUAAAUGAUGUAAUUUCAUCAUUACGUCAAAUAAAUAAGUUUAUUGAUGAAAAAAAUACGUGUUUAGAAAAUACUUUAACAAAUGUACAAGCCUCUUACCAAUUGCUAAAAUCUAAGGCAGAUGAAGCAAAAAAAAUUGCAGAAGAAGAAAGGCAAAAAAUAAUCAAUGAAAAAUUUGAAAUACAAAGGGAAAGAAAAAUUAUUGAAGAACAAUUAGAAAGUCUUAUAAACAAAAAUCUUAGUUACGAAAAAGUGAUAGAAGAUCUAAAAAGAGAAAUUAUGAAUCAAGAGCUCAUUUUUAAUAGACAAAAGCUACUAAGUGAAAACAAUAUUGCGAAAUUAAAGGAAGAAAACAUAUCUCUUCAAAACAUAUAUGAUAACUCUUUAAAUACCAUAAAUAAAUUACAGGAAAACCUUGACGCAGAACUGAAAGAUAAAAAUUUCUAUCUCGACGAAAUCGAAAAAUUAAAACUUGUCACUGAAGGGAAAACCAAAGCAAUUGCUGAGCUACAAAAUCAUAUAGAGAUGAUCGAAAAUAAACCUACCCAAAACUUUUCAGUUCAAACAGUUCUACUUUCUAGCAACGAAGAUGUAGAUAUUCAAACUGAUGCUCAAGACGAACAUAACGAUUUUAUUCAGAAUAAUUCCAUAAAUACUUCUGAGUCUAUUGAAAAUACAUCUGAAUUAUUAAAACCAUUAAAUACGAAAAUCGUGGAGCCUACAUUAGAUUUUAUAAAACAUACUUAUAUUAACUGUAAGAUCAAGGAACUAAGUAUGGGCAGACUAGAACAUUAUUCUAUUGCUGAUUUUCAUCACACGUCAGAUGGUUAUAGCGAAUGCAAAUUGUUUGAAAAUAAUUUUUAUGUUAAUUCUCCAUUAUCAGAUAAUUUGUCUUUAAGAAAUGGUAAUAUCAUUGAUAUACGUAGUGCACAGACACGUACAAAUUUUACAAAGAACCUUAGCGGUAAUGAUAACUAUACAAGCAGGAAUAAUACUGAAAGUCUUAAGUCCCAAUCUGUAAUCAGUAAAGAACAACAAAAGAAAAUAAGAAAUUUGAAGAAAAAUUUAGCAUUACAUGGAUCAAUUUCGUCAACAGAAAAUGACAUGUUUUUAAUUUACAAAGAAAGUCAAAGUACUUAUGAAGAUCAAACAAAUACUGAAGAUAAAUCUUGGCCUCAAAAUGGUAUUAACGUUAUCGUAGAAAGAGCAACUAUUUAUACAAAAGAAAACCUCUUUCCUAAUAGACAAAAAUCGAUACAGAAUGUAAAUGAACAAUCAGGUUAUAAAGAAAAUGAUGACGACAGCUUAAGGCCAAAACUUAAUAUUAACAUGCCCAGAGUAUAUACGAAAUCAUCAGCUACCGCCCUAUCAGAUGAAGACAUAAUAUCCUUAAAUUCGAUUAAUCACACUUUUUACAAUUCCCCUAAAUUGGAAACAUUUUCAGAUACAAAGAUUUAUAGCAAUAAUUCUAAUAAAAUCAAUAAACCUAAGUAUAAUACUACUAAUCAUAAUGUAAAUAUCGAUAAAAAACUAAAAGAUCAUCAAAAUGCUAUUUUCAAUGAUAGUAAACUGCAUUCAAAACAAAAAAGCCAAAAUACAAGAGAAAAAAAAUGGAGUCAUAGCAGUAUAAAUGUUAAUAACAAACAAUCAAAACGAACCUAUUCACCUGAGGAGUCUAUUUUACCUCGUACUAACGGUAAUAUUGCAGUAGUAGAAAGCUUUCAAUAUGAAGAUACAAAGUUCAAUGACGAACGGAAAUUAGAAACUACAAAUUUAACACUUUUACGAAAAUGUCGAAGUGAAAAGAAAAUUUCAGAUUUCAGUAGUGUAUCGCACCAAUCAGAAAAAACUAGUUCAUUAAAAAAUUUACCUACCGAAUACCUAACACCAAAUUAUAUGUCAAAACCAACUAAAUUAUUAACAAAUCGUGGCGUAUUGGUCAAAUUAGAUAUAAUAGAAGAUUAUGAAAAUAAAAUACAACAACUUAAUAACGCAUUGGAAAAUAUGGAAAAAGAUUACAAAAAGAAAUUGGAGUCCAUUAAGACUCAAUACGAAAGCAAUAUCAAGUAUAUUGUUAACGAACAUAAUCAAGGAGUUGAAAGUAUUCAAAACCUUCACGAAGAUACUAUACGUGAAAUAAUUAAUAAACACGAAAAUGAAAUAGAAAGCCUUAGGACAAUGAGUAUAGAAGCUAUGCGUAAAGCGGAGAAACUUGAAAAUGAAAACCGCCGCUUUAAAUCAAGACUUUCUAAUAACGACAAUAUCCUUUUGGACGAGGUUCCAGUUAAAAUCCAUACAUUUGAUGGAAAAAAGAAAAGAACUAAAACGCGACUAGAUAACAAAAUAUUAACCAAAACCAUUGUAGACGCUUUCAAUGUAAAUCCUAAAAGACGAUCUCACGGACCAUGCACUUGUUCAAUUGACAUAAAUAUAUCUGAUACUAUUCGUAAUAUAUUUGAACAAGUAGAUGUUGAACAACGACAAAUAGCUGAGAUGGCAUACUUAAAGUAUAUUGCUAGCAAAAUAUGUAAUGAUAAUGUUGAUGUUUUGGAUGCGCAAGAGUUAUCGUUCUUACAUUUAAAAGUAUGUCGGACAUGGAAAGCUAGAUUAAAUAAAGAGGAAUCUCUACAGAAAAAAAUAAACUCUUUGGAAAGUGAAAUAAUAAAUAAACAGCGACAAACUCAAAAAAAUAUAAGUGAUCUAGACCGUAAGGUAGCAGAAGAAUGGCGUCGUUUGCAGGAAGUACGUGAAGCUGUUUGCAGAGAUCAUCGAAGUCCAUCUCGUGAAACUAGUCCAGUAGAAAUACUUAACGGAGUACCACCCCUUGAAAAGGAUGCUUGUCACUGCAAUUCAAUAAGUUGCAACAUCGCAGUUAAAGAAAUUCGUUACGCUGGAGAUUUAGAGUCAAAACCGAUGUGCGAAAGCAAACCUAAACGUGGCAAAUCGGAACGCACUAGAACUGUGUUUCAGGCAACUCUUAAUAAAUUAGACAUUGACCAGCGUCGAGAAAGGAAAUUUUUUAACGACGAAACACCGACACGUCUAAAACGGUCUCAUGAUCGUCAGUACACCCGGACAAGCAAGAAAUAAUGAAAUGCUAAGCCCGAAUCGACCAUGUCAAAACAUUAUUUAACCGAAAAAUAUUUUUG